GCGGCGCUGUCGCCGCGGGCGGUGCCAGCACAUCCUGGCGCACUCUGCUGGCCGGAGCGGCCGCCGCUUUAUUCGUCGUCGCAGUGGGUGUGCACGACGAGUUCGGCUUCCUCGCCCCAGGUCCACCGCCGGCGCUGGCCGACCGGCAGAGGGGCACGGCUGCCUCGGGGAUGAAGGUGAACAAGGAUGCCCCAUCUUUGUUGCAGUACGCAUUGCCCCUCGAGGAGACGAUAGGCGAACAAGCCGCGGCCCCGGUGCGCCUGCUUCAGCAGAAGGUGGAGGCCACCCGCGAGCAGGCGCAGUUGCGGUUGUGGGGCCAGUUGUCCGACUCUCUGAGCAGCGCGCAGAGCGUCUACAAGAAGGAUAAAGCGAAACUUCUGAAACCGAUCGUGGCGGAGAGGCAGGCGCAGGCGGAGGAGAUCCUGACGAAACUCGACGCGGAGCUGGAGGCCCUGGACAAGGCGGGGCAGGGCGCUAUCGCCUCGGCCGCGGGCUCGGUCCAGGACAUCGCGGGAGCCGCCGAUGUCGUCGAGCGCGGCAGGGCGGCCCAGGCCCUUGUUGGGGAGCUGGAGGAGCUGAUGGUUCCGCCCGGUUACGUGGCACCCAUCCCCCAGGACGUGAUCAAGUACUUCCCCAACCUCCCCAAACUGGACGGUCGCGCCAGGGUGGAGCUCACGGUCAAGCGGGCGCCGGGGUCGACGGAGAAAAAGUUCAACGACGAGGGGAAGUUGUACAAAGAGGCCAAGUUUGAAAUUGUUGUCGACGGCUGGUCUGCACCGUUGACCAGCGGGAAUUUCGUCGACCUCGUCAACCGCGGCUUCUACGACGGGAAGACUUUCACGCGUGCCGAUGGCUUCAUCACCCAGUUUGGGGACAGCGGAAAGGAAAAUGGAAAUGGUUUCAAGCCUGAGGGCGCGACAAAGGUGCGGCGAAUCCCACUUGAGCUUGCACUGAGGGGCUCGAAGGAAGCGAUCUACAGCGAAACCGUGGACGAAGCAGGGAAGGUUGGAAUACCAAUGAGGAUGCCUUUCUCGGCUGAUGGUGUCCUCGCAAUGGCCCGUGCAGAGUUUGACAACGAUUCCGCGUCGUCGCAAGUAUUUUUGUUCGUUUUUGAGUCCGACAUGACCCCGGCUGGAAAGAAUUUUAUGGACGGCCGUUACAGUACCUUCGGCUACACCGUCAAAGGUGCCGAGUUCUUGAGGCAAGUUCGAGAAGGCGACGUUAUCACAAGUGCCAAGGUGCUCAGUGGCCUCGACAAGCUCAAGGCGUAG